UGCAGCUUCAUAGGGAUUUAACUACCAGGGGAAUGACAGGAUCCUACAGCACACGGGAGGAGAGAGCUGGCUUCCUCUGAAACAGCAAGCCUUCCCAUCCUGGAUAUGGGGCAGCAAACCUGUCUAACAAAUGCACAGCACUUGUUGUUUCUCUUUCUGCUCACUAAUUUCCCUGGAUCCUCGCUCAGCGAAGCCAGUUCUAGCAGAGCAUCAGAAUUGCUGUACAGUCUGCAUGAAGGAUUGCCCAGGGGAGUACUGAUUGGGAACAUUGUGCAGGAUUUGCAGCUGGGAUUCCUUACUGAUCCUCCUCUUUCAUUCAGCUUGGCAUCUAAAGGGCUUAGUGGGAAGUAUGUGACUCUCAACAACAGAACAGGAGUGUUAUCUACAUCUGCAGAGGAGCUGGACAGGGAAACCCUCUGUCCGCAAAGCCUUGGUCUUCAGGAUUGUGUACUUCUGCUUGAUAUCAUAAUCUUACCUCAGGAAUAUUUCAGGCUCAUCAAAGUAAAAAUUGCCAUUAUUGAUGUUAAUGACAAUUCUCCACAAUUUCCUGUUUCACAGAUUUUUAUCUCUGUACCAGAAAAUGCUCCUGUUAACACAAGGUUAGUAAUAGAACAUCCUGCUUAUGACCCUGAUGGGGGUUUAAAUUCGGUCCAAACUUACAAGUUAGUGGAUUAUUAUGGUGUUUUUACAUUAGACGUGGAAGAAAAUGAGAGUGGGGAAAGGACACCUUAUCUCAUUAUCAUGGGCCUUCUGGACAGAGAAACAAAAGCUGAAUAUAAAACGAUAAUUAUCGCUGAAGAUGGGGGCAAUCCACCACUUUCGGGCUCUGCCACGCUCUCAAUUCUCAUUAGUGAUGUAAAUGACAACUGCCCCCAGUUCAAAGAGUCUCAGAUUAAUGUAACUCUUCCAGGGAACUCAAGCAGUGGGGCAACAGUAACAACAGUGCACGCAGAGGAUAGGGAUUUAGGAGCCAAUGCUGAGAUUACCUACUCCUUCAGUGAAAGAGUUCCACAGAUCUCAAAGGACCAGUUUCAUCUUGAUGAAGACACAGGAGUGAUAAAACUUUCUAAAAAGAUAGAUGGCAGCACCUCCCAGCUCCAUAAACUCACGGUACUUGCCAAUGGCCAGGGCUGUAUCCCGACGGUAAUGACCGUGUUCAUUUCCAUAGCUAAAGUCACAUUUCGACCUCCUGAUGUCGUACCUCGUUAUAUAGCUAAUGAAGACAAUGGAGUAGUUUACCUUAAAGAAUUAGAGCCUAUUCAUUCUCCUAUAGCAUUUUUUACAAUAAAAGACCCGGAAGAAAAAUACAAGGUGGACUGUUAUUUAGAAGGAGAUGGGCCAUUUCGUUUGUCUGCAUACAAGCCUUAUACAAAUGAAUAUCUUCUUGAAACUACAAAUACAUUAGACUAUGAGAUAAGACAGCUGUAUAACAUAGCAGUGGUUGCUGUGAGUGUGGAUGGGCUCCAUGUUAAAAAGUUUCUAAAAGUGCAGAUUUUAGAUGAGAAUGAUAAUUCCCCUGUCUUUACUCAAUCGACUGUGGAAGUGACUAUUGAAGAAAAUAAUUCACCAAAUGCAUUUCUGGCCAAAUUGUAUGCUACAGAUGCCGAUAGUGGAGACAGGGGGCAGGUUUCCUACUUUUUGGGCUCUGAUGCCCCAUCUUAUUUUAAUUUAGACAGAGUGACUGGAAUUCUCACUGUUUCCACGAUGUUGGAUAGGGAAGAAAAAGAGAAAUAUAGGUUCACUGUUAAAGCAAGAGAUUCCGGCUUUCCUGCAAAAGAAACUGUCGCCACUGUGUAUAUUACUGUACUGGACAAAAAUGACAACAGUCCUCGGUUCAUCAGCAAAGAUUUCAGUUUUUUUGUACCAGAAAAUUUUCCAGGUUUGGGGGAAAUUGGGGUCAUUAGCGUCACAGAUGCUGAUGCAGGACAAAAUGGAUGGAUUGCCCUUUCCAUAAUAAAUGGAAGUGAUAUUUUUGUCAUUGAUACUGGCAAAGGACUCCUAAGAGCUAAAGUUUCACUAGACAGAGAACAACAGAGCUCUUACACUCUUUGGGUUGAAGCAUCUGAUGGUGGAGAUCCAACCUUAUCAUCUUCAGCAAAAAUAACUAUCCUGCUUUUGGAUGUAAAUGAUAAUCCACCUUUAGUCUUGUUUCCUCAAUCCAACACAUCUUAUCUUCUUGUCCUUCCGUCAACUCUACCUGGUUCUCCUGUAACCGAGGUAUAUGCUGUUGAUAAAGACACCGGGAUGAAUGCUGUUAUUGCCUACAGCAUAAUAGGAAGGAGGGGGCCUCGACCAGAAUCCUUUAGGAUAGACCCCAAAACUGGAAACAUUACUUUGGAAGAGGCUCUGAUGAGAACUGACUGUGGUUUGUACAGGUUAUUAGUAAAAGUGAGUGACCAUGGUUACCCAGAACCCUUGUUUACUACUGUCAUGGUGAAUCUGUUUGUAAACGAUACUGUAAGUAAUGAGAGUUACAUUGAAAGUUUGCUGAGAAAAGAUCCUGAUAUUAACGUUGAAGAAAAAGAGCCACAAAUUGCAAUUGAGCCUACUCAGAAAAAAAUGGAGACCGAUUCAUGUGUGCCGACACUGGUUACUCUAUCAAUACUGUGCUUAGGCUCGGUUGUUCUAGUGACUUUAAUGGGAAUGUAUAUUUGCAUAAGGAAAGGGAAAAAGGAACACAGAACAAAUGAGAACUUGGAAGUACAAAUCCCAUUAAAUGGGAAAAUUGACUUCCAUCUGCUUGAUAAGAAGCCAAUUGAAAUUUCGAAUAUUUAAUAAUUUUUUUCCCUGAAACACAAUCUGACAUUUUGGAGGAUAAAAAAAGUAAAUAACACAAUGUGUUGAUCUUGGUUAUGAUGAAGGACCAUUAAUUUAUACCUUAUAGUAAUAUAUAUAUAUAUAUGUAAAUAUCUCUUUACAGCUUUUUUAA